AUGCCUGCCUCUGAAGAGCCCCAGCUGCAAGCGCCCAUGGAGAUGACCUCUACCUCGGCCACCGGCAUCGUCACGCAACAACCCUCCGCCGAGCCCCAGCCCCAGAUGGGCCUGCGUGGCGGCGAGGAGGAGGCCGGCUGCGAGAUCUGUUGCGGCCUCUGCGCCUGCAACGAGGGUUGUUGCUAG